AUAUCAUUGAUUUUUUUUUCCCCCCUUUUCCUCUCCUUUUUAACCUCUAUAUACUGUAACAGCGAGAGGUUGAAGAGGAUGGUGGCGAUGAACGCUGCGGGCUCCGCCAAGGUGCUGCUGAUCCCGGGAGGGAAGCAGAACGGGCUGGAAGUCAGCCGCCACAUCUCGGUGGUGUACCCGUCCCAGAGCGGAUCGCACCACGACCCUGCCUCGGCCUCCCCGGGAUCCAGCCACGGCCACAGGAAAAGGCAGCGGCUCACUCACCUCAGCCCCGAGGAGAAGGCACUGCGGAGGAAGCUGAAGAACAGAGUGGCGGCACAAACUGCCAGAGACAGGAAAAAAGCUCGUAUGUCUGAACUGGAAGAACAAGUGUUAGAGAUGGAAUCUGAGAACCAGAAACUGCAAAUAGAAAACCGACUUCUACACGAGAAGACACACAGCCUGCUGUCCGAGAAUCGGGAGCUCCGACAGAGACUAGGCAUGGAAGUUUUGGAUACAGAGAAUGAGAAGGUACUUUUCCAGGCCAAAGUGGAUGAAAUCAGCCUGGCAGCUGGGUCAGCUGAGUCCGCAGCACUCAGACUAUAUGUGCCUCUGCAGCAGGUGCAGGCCCAACUAUCUGCCAGUCUGACAACUUCCACAUGGAUACUGACAGCAAUAACUCUUCAGACUCUGAGUCUGAUCUCUUCCUGGGCUUUCUGGACUACUUUGACCCAGAAGCCUUGCUCCGAUUCAGUGAAGAGGAGUCUAGAUCCUUGGCUAACUUGGGAGAUUGUACCUACAGUGAAGGCAAUGGUUCCCUACCAGCCUCCCACUCUGCCCCUCUGGGGGCCCCAUCAACAAAGCUGGAAGCCAUUAAUGAACUGAUCCACUUUGACCACUUCUAUCACAAGCCUCUUGCUGAGGCCAGCUUAGUACAGAGCAGUGAAACUGCCAUCAAAAUUGAGCAAGCAUCUUUCAGUGGCAUGGAUGAAGGAAUAGCCAAAGCCCCUCUACAAAUGGAGCUCAAACAGGAACCCUUGGAAGAUGAGUUCAUCACCGAACUGGGACUUACAAACAUUCUUUCAUCCAGACAAAAUCAAGAAAAGCCCAUCUGUCCCAUAGAUUCCUCUAGUGACUCUGAUAAUGAAGGAUCCCCAUCUCCUGUCAGUGAUAUGUCCUCUCCACUGGCUCUGGAUAACAGUUGGGAGGACACUUUCACAAGUGAACUCU